AUGACUUCAACCACAAACACGGUGUUGUCUUCUUUGCCAAAUGAUGUCAAAGAUUGGACAGCAGAACAAGUCAAGACAUGGGCAAUUACUCAACCAGAUGGAGAAUCCUAUGCUAAUAUUCUUUGUGCCAAGGAAGUCAGAGGAAAGGAUCUCAACUCAUUGACCAAAAAUGACUUGCUCAAUCCUCCUUUUUCCAUUGGCUACUCAGCUCAAUCACUUUUACAAGCAAUUUCUUCUUUGGUUGGAGCUCAAGCAAGUCCAAAGUCAUCAGCAAGUUGUAGAUGUCAUCAAUGGUUUAACAGCUGGAGGUGGAUUUGGCAGAAUUGUUCAGACAAUUGUUGGAUUCACUCUUUAGACGAGACACUGACAAGAUCAAAGAGAUCAUUGGCCAGAUUGUUGAGACAUUUGGAAUGUAUGAUGACAAGAUCUUCAUUAUCAACACAGGAACAACAAAAGAUCUGA